AGUUGAUAUCCCACUCUCAGCUAUUGUGAACCUCCCUUGGAACUUCCUGAAGACAAAUCAGGUCCAUAAAUGGCAACCAAUGAUGUCUGACUGGAUGGGAAAGGGAACGUUAUAAGCUCAGAAGCCAAACCACUCCAACUCCAGAGGGAGCAGGACAAGAGAGUUUCAUGUCAAAGAAGAAGAAACCCCCCACCUCCAGGAGGAGUGACAUCCAGCACAUAUUCCAGUGCUACACCUCCGACCAUGACAACCGCCUCACUGCCUCAGCCCUUCUUACCUUCCUCCAUAGGGAGCAGGUGGAGGUCUCAGCCAAUCAGGAGACAGCUGAGGCCUUGAUUGACAGAUAUGAGGUGGAUGAGUCAGCCAGAGCGGAGAUAAACAUGACAUUUGACGGUUUCCUACGGCUAAUGGAGUCGAAGGACUGCUGUGUGUUGGACCAGACUCACACACAGGUGUACCAGGACAUGAGUCAGCCUCUCUGCCAUUACUUCAUCUCCUCCUCCCACAACACAUACCUGACUGGAGACCAGCUCGUGGGAAAGAGCCACUUAGAUGCCUACAUCAGUGUUCUCAGGAGAGGCUGCCGCUGUCUGGAGAUCGACUGCUGGGACGGUCCCGAUACGGAGCCCAUCGUCUACCACGGCUACACCCUCACCAGCAAGAUCCUCUUUAAAGAUGUCAUCGCCACAGUGCAAGAGUAUGCCUUCAUGGCUUCUCCGUACCCCAUCAUCCUCUCCCUGGAGAACCAUUGCAGCCACGGGCAGCAGGAGGUCAUGGCCCAUUACCUCACCUCCAUCCUGGGAGACAUGCUGCUGGAUACUGGCCUAACCGUGGAUGCCCAGGGAGAUCUGCCAAGCCCUGACGAGCUGAAAUAUAAAGUUCUCAUAAAGAACAAAAAGCUGAACUCUGCACCGCAGUUGGAGCUGGAGGCCAGAGGGUCGGAAGCGAAUGCUGAUGGAGAGGCCGGUGUCGAGGAGAGCGAUGAGGAAGAGGAUGCUGAUGAGGAGGAGGAAGAAAUGCCAGCGAAGAGGUCCAAAAAGAAGAAAAAAAAGAAGGUCGUAGUAGCACAGGCAUUGUCUGAUUUGGUCAUCUACACCAAGUCUGUGAAGUUUAUCAGCUUCGUGCACUCCAGAGAUAACCAGCAGUUCUACGAGAACACAUCAUUUGCAGAGAAGAAAGCCAAGAAGCUGGUCAAAAACUCAGGAGCAGAGUUUGUGCUGCACAACGUGCGGUUCCUCAGCCGAGUUUACCCCGCAGGCUCCCGAACCCUCUCCUCCAACUUCAACCCACAGGAGUUCUGGAACGCCGGCAUCCAGUUAGUGGCUCUAAACUUCCAGUCCCUUGGCUUACCCAUGGACCUGAACAAUGGCCGUUUCCAGGACAACGGCGGCUCGGGCUACGUACUGAAGCCCCAUUUCCUGCGGUCCGGGGAGAGCAGCUUUGAUCCCAACGCUUUCAAAUACAACCUGAGGCCAGCUCACCUCCUGUUGAAGGUGAUUAGCGGCUCCAACCUCCCUUCUUCCAGGACUGGCAAGGCCCUGGAUCCGUUCGUGAGAGUGGAAAUCCAUGGGGUUGUUUCCGAUUGCUGCAGAAAGCAGACAGAUGCAGUCAAGCACAAUGCACUGAGUCCGAGGUGGGACGCUGCCAUGAACUUCACCAUCGAGGUGCCCGAGCUGGCCCUGGUCCGGUUCUCUGUGCGGGACCAAACCGGACUCCUCAAGAGCGAAUUUGUUGGCCAGUACACACUCCCUUUCACCAGCAUGAGAAAAGGAUAUCGUUGGGUGCCUCUUCUAUCUCGAGAAGGCUACAGCCUGGACCCUGCCUCCCUCUUUAUCUACGCAUGGUACUCCUAAGGCCUGGCUCUCUGACCUAUGGCCUGGUCCUGGUCCUGGUCCUGGUCCCCCCAGCCUGAGCCAUC